UCAUUGCGAUCAAACUGAGUAAAGCCACGAGGGUUGUUAUACUCAUACUAAUACUAAGUAGUUUUUUCUGAAUUCUCCUUGACGGUGACGAGCAGAGAUGAAGUCAGCAUUCACAAUUGGUGUGCUUCUCCUUUGUUUUAACGCUUUAGCAACAGGGACUAAUGUCCCUAGUAAGCUGAAGUGUUACCAAUGUAAAGUAGAAGCUAACAGUUUGUGUACAAACGACUCUCUUUUACCUUGUCCUGACGACCAAGCAUAUGACACGUGCAUGACAACAAUUGAAAAAACUGAGUCCAGUUUUACCAUUACGAAAACUUGUGCAUUAGGCCCAUGCAAUCUUCGUGACCCUAAACAGAGCACUGGACUUGGGCUUGACCAUUGCGACCGAAGCAGAUCAGAAUACAUUUGUGUGCACUGCUGUAAAGACGAUGGCUGUAACAAAGAUGGAGUGGAUAGUGUCCAUCCAUCUAUGAUUACGGUCUCUUUUUUACUCCUUUUAACAAUGCAAGUGAUUUUCUCUCUGUCUAAGUAAAACGAUUCACUGGAAAGAAAAUUCUAUAUUCUAACACACAUACUUACUAUAAUAAAAAAGGCCUUCGUAUGAAUGCACGCUUGAAGUUGAAAAUUUAAUAUACAUUUUAUGCCAUUUUUCCACAUCAUGUCAGAUGCACUACUCAAUCUCUACAAGAGAACCUUAAAAAUGAAUACACUUUACUUACAUCUACUUUCCGCUUUGAAUAAUAAUCAACUAAAUUACACCUAUAACUUUACUUACAGCUACUUUCCACUUUGAGUAAUAAGCAACUGAAUUACACCUAUAACUUUACUUACAGCUACUUUCCACUUUGAAUAAUAAUCAACUGAAUUACACCUAUAACUUUACUUCGUUUAAUACAGUUGAGUGAAUAUAUAAACAACUUUCACCCAAAGACUCAUUUUAAUAAAGAAUGAUUAAGAAAUGCAUGAAAGGUUCGCAGUAUUUAAUAAAGUUCAAUGUUUUCAUGUGAAAUUCCUACUUAAUUAUAAACUAAGAAAAGCUUUAGUGUGGACUCGCAUUGUUUUUAUCACAUGUCGGUGUCUGACUUUCGGAUCAUUUGUAUAAGUGCAUGCUCUGUAAAUAUUUGUGUUUUCAUAAUAUUGUCUAACAUAGGCUGUUUUAUAUUAAAAUUGUAUUAAUAGUAAAAACAAUAAAUCAGGUUAACCUGUAAGUAUCAUGUCAAAGAGUAAUUGAAUGUUUAAAUCGGUUCUAUGUGUAGAAAAUGAAUCGUAACUAAGUAAAAUUUUCCCAGUGGAAUCUAAACACUACUUUCUUCUAGAUAUGUGAUUUUUCACAGUGAAAUACACUUUAAAAUCUUUAAAUAUACAACUGUUACUAGUUUUGUCUCUGUAAGCGGUCCCAUCAUGGUUUGCGUGGUAUUUUCCGUUUAGUAUCUGUACAUAUUAUCCAAAGAAUUAUUUAUUUCUAUGUUAUUUGUUAUUUUCAAAUGAACUGGGUUGUGCUUAACUCGUCACUAGAUGGCGAAACAUAUGCUUGGAAACAUUGUCAAAUGGAUGGGUCAGUAUGGACUUUGUUCAUCAGCUAAGUACUAUUCUUAAAAGAUGAUGUUCUGUGAGAGGAAAAAAAAAGUUAUUAAUUUGAUUUAUACUGAAAGAGAAAUCAUUGUUAAAUAUCACAGAAUCUGUAUAUUCCCUGUAAGUUUACAUCAAUUAAUAGUAACAAAAUUAGUGAGUUUUAAAAUGUCUAGUUUCUGAGCCUGUAGCAAGGUAAGAGUGAUUAUAAAUUAAAGAAUUCGGGUAAUGAAUUGUUUAUGUAUCGUUUUAUUUCAUUAAAAGCUAAGUGAGCA